AUGAACUCCCCCCACGAAAAGGCGGUGCAAGAAAUCCUUUAUGGCCAUAGAUGCGCCAUGCGGUUGAAGUUGCGGCUCGACGAUCCAAUGGCUGACUACGGAUCAGUUUCAAGUUAUGAUCUUGCUAAAUCGAUUGUCCAAUGUUUUUCCAAUGCCAUCUCAGUCUUAUCUGAUCAACCAAAAUCAGAGGAAGAUCAAUCUUCUGAUCUAUCUUCAAGGGAUUCUUCUCCCCUUCCCCAGAUCAGAAGCCCCUCCAAGAAAAGAAAGAUUCAAAGUACAAAUUCAAGUGAGAACUGGAGGGACGAUUCACCGGAUCCGAUCUAUUACGACGGGUUUCUUUGGAGGAAAUACGGCCAAAAAACUAUAAAAAAAUCUGAUCACCAAAGGAGCUACUAUAGAUGUUCAUACAACAUAGAUCAUAACUGCAGAGCAAGAAAGCAUGAACAGAAGAUCAAAGACAACCCUCCGGUUUACCGAACCACUUACAUCGGCCAACACACUUGCAAAAUCAAUCAUAAACAAGAUCCCAUUUUUACUGCCGUUCAAGAUCCGGUCGAUGAUUUGAAAAGUGGCCGGAUGAUCCAAUUCGGGAAAGAUCUUGAUCAGGAGAAGGAAAGCCACUCCAGCGGGUUCUCCUCAUCGGUUAAGCAUGAAGAAGAUAUCAUCAAAGAGAAAACCAUGGAACCGUACCGUGAGAUAACCGGUGAUGGUCAAGAUUGUCAAUAUGUGAUGGAAUCAUCGAUAUCACCAUCAAGUUCUUAUCCUCUGCCGUCGUCAUCUGGCACUGAAAGUGUCUUCUAUGAUUCGGAUUUGUUAUUGGACAACUUUGAUUCGUGGGAUUGUUAUGAUCAAUUUGACUUUGGAUUACAAUAGAUUUUUCUGCUAAGACUAUUUUUAAGGAUUUUUUUAAUGACAAGAAUAUAUAUACUAUGUUUUAAAAAAUGUAAUUUCUGCUACACUAAAAUCCUU